AUGCGCAUUGGCAUGCAGAUGGUGAGUGUUUCCGAGUGUACCUUGGACGUGGUGGUGGACUUCAAUAUUAAGUUAAGUGCUGAUGUUAGUGAUGACGAUGACGUUGACGACGAUGGCAAUGAUAAUAGUGACUCAGAUUUUGCCUUUGGGUAUGCUCCUGUGGACGAUAGUGUAGACGGUACAAAGGGUCUUUCUUGGCCAGCAGAAAUUUGCAACUUUGAACAGAUGUUUUGUAAACAUCAGCUGUUUUACGAAAAGCAGCUGUUAUACGAAAAUACACAAGCUAACAUCAAAAUGGAUAAAAAAGACAAAGAUUUUGAAGAAUUAAUAGAAACUAUUGAUAUAAUUUCCAUCGAGUACGACAAUAUAAUCGUAGCUGGUGAUUUUAAUAGCAACUUGCUUGUUGAGCGCUGUCUUGCCGACUCAAUGCAAACCCUAGGGCUACUUCCUGUGAAUGAUUCCGCACCAACUCACUUCACAAGAAGUAACGCGAGUCUGCUAGAUGUGUUCUUUGUCAGCCAUUUGUCCAAAAUAUCUCUCUACAAUCAGCUAGAUGCCCCCGCAUUCUCCAAGCAUGAUUUGCUUUUCGUCACAUACCACUUCGAAAUUAAUCCCACUGUUUGUACAUCGACAUAUCGCGACUUCAAAAACAUUGACUGGCCACUUCUGCAUCAAAGUUUAGAUGAAGUACCUUGGGAAGAGAUUUUCUAUAUGGAAGGUGUUGACGAACAAGUUUCCUUCCUAAAUCAUAACCUUUGCUCAAUUUACGACACAUUCGUUCCUGUCAAAGUCAUUUAUACUAACAGAAAACAACAGCCAUGGUUUACUCCUGAAAUCAAGCACUUGAUCAGCGUUCGAAAUUUGGCAUAUAAAAGAUGGAAACGUUAUAGACUGCCUACACUGUAUGACACGUUUAAAUCCGCUAGAAGAGAUGUGCUCAAAAAGACUAACGAGUCCAAAAAGCAGUACUAUAAAAGGAAAUUCGAAAAUGCAAUUGAUAGUAAGCGAAAAUGGAAAGAAAUAAGGAACAUCGGAAUUGGAUCGAAAUCCAAUACCAACACUGAUUGUCUUUCUAUCUCUGACCUAGAUGAGAUAAAUGAAAACUUUUUGAAAAUAAAUACUGUGGACCCUGGCACAAACACUUAUUCUAAUAUUUCUACAGCACAGAUUGAAGACACAUUCUCGUUUAGAUGUGUUAGUCCCGAAGAAGUCUUACAAAGUUUUGCAACCAUAAAGUCUGACGCAAUGGGAUUUGAUGGCAUACAUCCUAGAUUUGCCAAAUUGGUACUGCCGAAAAUACUUCCAUUUGUUACACACAUUUAUAACAACAUUCUUACAAAGUCAACGUUCCCAACAGACUGGAAAUUGGCAAAAAUUAUACCGAUACCCAAACAGAAUUCAGAGUUCCGUCCGAUUGCUAUCCUGCCGUUUUUCUCUAAGGCUUUGGAACGUAUUAUAAAUACUCAAAUAGAUGCCUUCCUGAGUUUCAGAGGUCUUUUGAAUGAUAGACAAUCUGGUUUUCGAACAAAAAGAAACUGCUCUACUGUAUUAAUUGACGUUGUGGAAGAAUUGAGACAAAAUAUGGAUAAUAAUAUGGUAUCAUUUCUGGUUUUACUGGACCACAGUAAAGCCUUUGACACAGUGAACCAUGAUAUUCUUAUCUCGAAGCUUGACAGACUUUUCUUUUUCUCCAAACCGGCCUGUAAACUGAUUUCAUCAUACAUUACCGGACGCCGUCAAUCCGUCAAUGUCGGUGAUACAACAUCUGCGGCACUUGAUGUACCUAGAGGUGUUCCGCAGGGCUCUAUCCUUGGUCCCUUACUUUUUUCUGUAUACAUAAAUGAUCUACCUGAUAUUCCAAUGCAUUGUAAUGUGCAAAUGUACGCUGACGAUGUUCAGCUUUUCUCCAGCGCUAAACCAAAUUGCGUACAAUCAUGUAUAAAUAAUAUUAAUUGCGAUCUGAAUGAAAUCCAGAACUGGGCGAGUAAAAAUAGUCUCUGUCUAAAUCCGUCAAAAACUAAACUGAUGAAAAUUCUAAAACGAUCAACCACCCAGAUUCCUCCUGUAAGAGCUACUUUGAACAACUCGGUAAUAGAAACUGUUGAUACAUCCUGCAACCUUGGUGUAAUAUUCAAUUCCAAACUGACUUGGACUAAUCAUAUAAACAAAGCUGUUGGUAAAGUUCAAGGAAUGCUGCGAAAAGAAGAGGUGAAAACCGCCAUAAAUGACAGCACAGACAUGCCUCCGGGCGAUAUGAGCAUACGUCUCACAGCGUCGAAGACAAGGGAACAAAGGAGGGUUUUCGCUCCCGAUCGACGGGGUAAACGCAAUACUAUAGUCAGAGAAACUAAGGAUUGGAAGGAAGGUGCUUCUGAAGUGGACACAUUCAAUGGUAGUGUAAAGGGCCGAACAGAAAUCAAACAGGCUAUGCAUCAAGUGCGGCGUGAAACGACACAUGCUAAAAGAAUGCAGAAAAAAACCGAAAAAUAUUAUCUACUCUAA